AUGAGCAAAACUGAGACUGGAACAGGUGAAAUAUUAACCAGCGUUUCAAAUCGUGGCUUCUGGAGCGGCCAUGAAAAAAUUAACGGAAGUUGGAGAUGGUUAGAUGGAACGGAAGACGAAGGCGAUAGACGUUGCGCAGACACUGAAGGUCCUUCUAACGAGAGGUGUUAUAACGAACUAUACAAACGUUAUUUUUUAUUUGAAAUAGUUCCUGCCUCGAAAAACCUUCGGAUUUUUGGAGAGUAUCCUCUUCAUGACGAUAUUUUUGGAGCUGCUGUUUAUUUUUUACUGAAUUGUGCAACAGUAGUUGUAAGCAAAGUGAAAGGUAAAAAAUCUAUCUCCUUUGAAGAUUCACAGAAGUACUGUUAUCGCCAUUUCCGCAGCCGGUUCUUGUCGAUAAGUUUGGUAAGGGAAUUCAUCUUUUUGCACGAACAACUUUAUGGUUCAUCGAGAAGUGAGCAACCUAACGUCGUUAUAGGCUCAGUUGAAAGAGACUUCCUGAGAUAUUUAGCAGAUGCCAAUUUGAAAAGAACGUCAGUAAAAUAUGGAGAGCUUAAGUUUCGGCUCCCACAUCCUAAAGAAGGAAUGAAUCAGACAAUUAACCACUAUAUUGGUUUCAAAAAAACUAAAUCUGGUUACUUGUAUGACGAUGAACGAGCAGCUCAUUAUCUAAGUCAUUCUGAAAGCAGGGAAUGCCAUAGAUUCAUGAUGGACCAAUAUAUUUUCAGUUCUUGCUUUACACCUGCGAAUUCUAUCUGCGAAUACAAAAGUCAAGUUCUUUUCACAGAUGAAAAAAGCGUCAAAAGAUUUGCAUGCAAAAAAUAUUUCGUCAGUCAAGAAACUAGUGGAAGACAGUCCGUUCCAACUGUUUUUAAGAUUAAUGAAAAAAAUGAAACUUUCAAGAACGUUCAACGUUACUGUGAAACAAUGGAUAGUAUGCUGGCGUCAUUUUCAUCAAAAACGGAAUUCAGAACAGUGCAGGAAGCAUAUGCACCGGCAAAUUAUUGGAUUGGUCUGAAACAGGUAAACGAGAAAUGGAAUUGGAUGGAUGCAACUACCGUGAACUACACUGAUUGGAAUAAGUAUAAUGUAACGGAGGAGUACGACAAAAAAGUUGACUGGAGUGUUGCUCAAGGAAUCUGCAUUGCUUAUGGCUCAUACUUAGUGUGGAUUACGUCUAAUGACGAGCAAAAUUUUUUGAACGACUUCACUGAAUCAAAUCCGUUUUGGCUUUUUCCUCUAUCUUACUCUGGUAAUUGGACUUUGCCAACUGCUGAGAAAUCAAAGUUUGAAAACUGGAAAGCAGGGGAACCAGAUCAGCGCUACUUAUACGGACAAUUAUUUUUUGCGUACAGUGAACCGGGAGGAUGGAAUGCCACUUCACCUUCUUUCAGCGCAGUUAUUGUUUGCAAAUAUGAAAAAGGCCAGUUACACAGGCGUUAUCCAGAAGAACAGUAUGAGGUUGCAUUAAACGAAUCGAGAGGAUCUGGAAGAACCUCAGAAGUUGCUUCGAAAACAAAGUAUACAACACAACAGUCUAAGGAAAGUAGAGAACCUCACGCGAGUACUGUAAGGCAGUCAGAAGGAGGGACACUAGCAUUCCAAGCUCUACUAUUUAUUGCUAAAGAUUGA